AUGGCGUCUAUAGCCGCCAGCAGCCCCAUCAUGCAAGAGCCUCAUCAAAACUUCACACAGAAACUCGGCCUCCCUCCAAGUCCACCCGCCACCGUCAAAGACCCCGGCUCCCGCACAGAGAGCGUGACGGAUUUUCAAAUAGGAGAAUCGUCUCUCGUCCCGGACUACCGACCCUACCCUCUCCCUCCCGAAUCCAGAGCCGCCCAGCGUGUACUCACCGAAGAUCUCAAAACUCCAGAUAAGCAUGUGCCACGAGAUCCACGCCUACUCCGGCUUACCGGUGUACAUCCAUUCAACGUUGAAGCGCCCCUGACCGAAUUAUGGAAUGAAGGAUUCAUCACAACCAAGGACCUGCACUAUGUUAGAAAUCAUGGCCCCGUACCCCUGGUGCACGAUGAGGACGUACUGGACUGGAGUUUCAGCGUCGAGGGCCUGGUGGAAAAUCCCCUGACCAUGACCCUGCGAGACCUAUUGGCGGACUUCGAGCAGGUCACAUAUCCAAUCACACUAGUCUGCGCAGGAAACCGCCGCAAAGAACAGAACGUCGUGCGCAAGACAAAAGGUUUCUCAUGGGGUCCAGCCGGCCUGUCAACCGCCCUGUGGACAGGCGUGCCCCUGGACAUCCUCCUGGCCAAGGCAAAACCCAUCCUCCGCGGCGGCAAGCGGGCGCGGUACGUCUGCUUCGAGGGCGCCGACAAGCUGCCCAACGGGUACUACGGGACGAGCAUCAAGCUCAACUGGGCGACGGACCCGAACCGCGGCGUGCUGGUCGCGCACGGCAUGAACGGCGAGGUGCUGCCGCCGGACCACGGCAAGCCCCUGCGCAUCGUCAUCCCGGGCCAGAUCGGCGGGCGCAGCGUCAAGUGGCUGAAGCGCAUCGUCGUCACCGAGGCGCCCAGCGACAACUGGUACCACAUCUACGACAACAGGGUGCUGCCCACCACCAUCAGCCCCGAGGAGAGCGCCAACCUGCCCGAGACGUGGAAGGACGAGAGGUAUGCCAUCUACGACCUCAACACGAACAGUGCGAUGGCCCGGCCGGCACACAACGAGCGGCUUGACGUCAGCGCGCAGACGUUCAAAUUCCAGGGGUAUGCGUACGCAGGCGGCGGGAGGAGGAUAACGCGAGUCGAGCUGACUCUGGACCGCGGCAAGUCGUGGCGGCUGGCCGAGGUGUCGUACCCGGAGGACCAGUACCGCCUCGCGCCCGAAGGCGAGAUGCUGUUCGGCGGGCGGCUGGACAUGAGCUGGCGCGAGUCGUGUUUCUGCUGGUGUUUCUGGUCGUUGGAGAUCCCAGUACAGGACCUCGUAGGCGAUGCGUGCACGGGCGACGUCAUGGUCCGGGCGAUGGACGACGCCAUGAUGGUCCAGCCGCGGGACAUGUACUGGAGCGUGCUGGGGAUGAUGAACAACCCGUGGUUCCGGGUCGUGAUACACCGCGAGGGUCACGAGCUCAGGUUUGAGCACCCCACGCAGCCGAUCCUGAAUGCUGAUGGCUGGAUGGAUCGGGUCAAGAAGGAAGGCGGGAAUCUGUCCAAUGGGUAUUGGGGUGAGAAAGCACCGGGUGAAGAGGAAAGAACUGCGGCGGUGGCUGAGCCCGCCAAGGAGAUUGUCAUGGUGAACAAAGACAUCAAGAGGGAGAUCAGCCUAGACGAGGUGAAGCAGCACGAAGGCGAGGAAGAGCCGUGGUUCGUAUUGGAUGGCGAAGUGUACGACGGCACCAAUUUCCUCGAAGGUCACCCAGGAGGUGCAGCUUCGAUCAUCGGUGCCGCAGGACAGGACGUCAUGGAGGAAUUCAUGGCCAUCCACAGCGAGAACGCAAAGGCAAUGAUGCCGUCCUACCACAUCGGCACCCUAGACGCAGCCUCCAAGAAAUCCCUCGCAGCAGGCGACUCAGCCGCAGCAGAAGGCACCUCAGAGCCGCGGGCCGUCUUCCUGCACCCAAAGACGUGGUUCAAGGCGCCGCUGACAUGCAAGACGGUCAUCAGCAGCGACACCAAGAUCUUCACCUUCACGCUGGACCACGCGGCGCAGGAGAUCGGCCUCCCGACGGGCCAGCACCUGAUGAUUCGGCUGCGGGACCCGGUGACGCGCGAGGCCAUCAUCCGCGCGUACACGCCGCUGUCGGACGCGACGGUCGAGCGGGGCAAGCUGGACGUGCUGAUCAAGAUCUACCGGGCGAGCGGCGACGGCGCCCAGAAGGGCGGGCUCAUGACGCAGGCGCUCGACUCGAUCCCGCUCGGCCACUGGGUCGAGUUCAAGGGCCCCGUCGGCAAGUUCGAGUACCUCGGCCGGGGCCUGUGCAGCAUCGGCGGGAGGGAGAGGCGCGUGAGGCGGUUCGUGAUGGUCUGCGCCGGCAGCGGCAUCACGCCCAUCUUCGCGGUGCUGCGGGCGGUGCUCAAGGAUGCGCUGGACGCGACGCACUGCCUUGUGCUGGACGGGAACCGGUGCGAGGAGGAUAUCCUGUGCCGGCAGGAGAUGGACACUCUGGUGGAGGGCAGGGAAGAGAGGUGUAAGCUUGUACAUACGCUCAGCCGGCCGAGUGAUGGCUGGGUCGGCGGGAGGGGCAGGAUGGACGGAAAACUGUUCGAGAAGGAGGUCGGGCCGCCGAGUGAGGCGCGGGACGAGCUGGUGCUGGUCUGCGGACCCGGGCCCAUGGAGAAAAGUGUGAGGGAGAACUUCGCGAGGAUGGGGUGGAGUGAAGAAGAUUUGCUUUUCUUCUGA